AUUAAUGUAAUGCAUACAGAACUUCGGCUGGGAGGAAGAGUUGUUUGGAGAAGUUUGAGAUGUCAAUGAAGUGUCAGAUAUUUCAGAAAUAAAUUGAGAUUGCAGAUGAAGAGACUGGGAUUCACUCACACACAGGUGUGAUAAUUGAAAUCAUGAGAAAGUGAAGUCCCUGAGUGAAAAGUCCAGUGCGUUAGCCAGCCUUCUUUACCUGAACCAAAAUAACUGAGGGAAUAACCUUAAGUAAAGAUUUAUUUGGGGCUUAAAGUUUUAGAGGUUUUAGUCCAUUGCCGCUUGUUCCCAUUGCUUGGGCCUGUGGAGGGGCAGUAUGUGAUGACCCAGAGCACAUGGUGGAGGAGACCGCCCACCUGAUGCUGAAUGGCAAGCAAGGAAUGAGAAAGGCCGGUAGGUCCCAGUGUCCCCUUCCAGGCCACCUCCUGUGACCUCACUUCCUUCCUGUUGUCCCGGCCUUCUAAAGGUUCCACUACUUCCCUGUAGCACUACAAUUUGGCAGCCAAGCCUUGAACACAUUAGACUUGUGGGUACAAUCCAGAUCCAAACAGUAAAAGGAACCUGAAAGGACGGACCUUGGGAAAUGCCAGUGUCUAGGGGGAUAGGUUAGAGAGAGGUAGGAAUGGGAGCAUAUUGAUGCUGGAGGAAGAGUCCACAGUGAUCACCAGUUGGAGGGCAGCGUCUUACAGCAUGGACAGAGAAACAUCCUUCAGAUACAGCAGAUACUUACGGAGAGCUACAAUGGAAAAGUCCUGGAUGCUGUGGAACUUCAUUGAAAGAUGGCUAAUAGCCUUGGCUUCGUGGUCUUGGGCUCUCUGUCGUAUUUCUCUUUUACCUUUAAUAGUGACUUUUCAUCUGUAUGGAGGCAUUAUCUUACUUUUGUUAAUUUUCAUAUCAAUAGCAGGUAUUCUCUAUAAAUUCCAGGAUGUAUUGCUUUAUUUCCCAGAACAGCCGUCCUCUUCACGCCUUUAUGUUCCCAUGCCCACUGGUAUUCCACAUGAGAACAUUUUCAUCAGAACCAAAGAUGGAGUCCGUCUAAAUCUUAUUUUAAUAAGAUACACUGGAGACAAUUCACCCUAUUCCCCAACUAUAAUUUAUUUUCAUGGGAAUGCAGGCAACAUAGGUCACAGGUUACCAAAUGCAUUGCUUAUGUUGGUUAACCUCAAAGUUAAUCUUUUGCUUGUUGAUUAUCGAGGAUAUGGAAAAAGCGAAGGAGAAGCAAGUGAAGAAGGGCUCUAUUUAGAUUCCGAAGCUGUGCUAGACUAUGUGAUGACUAGACCUGACCUUGAUAAGACAAAAAUUUUUCUUUUUGGCCGUUCCUUGGGAGGAGCAGUGGCCAUUCAUUUGGCUUCUGAAAAUUCACAUAGGAUUUCAGCCAUUAUGGUGGAGAACACAUUUUUAAGCAUACCGCAUAUGGCCAGCACUUUAUUUUCAUUCUUUCCAAUGCGUUACCUUCCUUUAUGGUGCUACAAAAAUAAAUUUUUGUCCUACCGAAAAAUCUCUCAGUGCAGAAUGCCUUCACUUUUCAUCUCUGGACUCUCCGACCAACUAAUUCCACCAGUAAUGAUGAAGCAGCUUUAUGAACUCUCCCCCUCUCGGACUAAGAGGCUAGCCAUUUUUCCAGAUGGAACUCAUAACGACACGUGGCAGUGCCAGGGCUACUUCCCUGCACUGGAACAGUUCAUCAAAGAAGUGAUAAAGAGUCAUUCUCCUGAAGAAAUGACAAAAACGUCAUCUAGUGUAACAAUUAUAUGAUGCUCCCCUUUUUGAUUAAUGCAUUGUAUUUUAAUUUGUGCAGAAUGAUAAAGAAUGUUCAUUUCUUAGAAGUGUGUUACGUCUGUACUUGUCUGAAGAAUGACAUUAAACUUUGAAAGGACCUCAGUGUACCUUUAUGAUGA